AUGGACUCGAUCAACGAAUGGCUCAACCUCGACCAGGCAGACGAGGAGAUCGGAGGACUGCUCAGCAACGACUUCGACAGCCAGCGAUUCGCAUUCGAACCCCUCCACUUCACACUCGACCAGACCCAACAACAGCAGCAGCAACUCAUCAACAACAACCAGCCCAUCCUCUCGCUCGACCCUUCAACCAUCCUCAGCUACCCCCCCUCAUCCUCAGCCUCACUCUCCGAUGACUCCGAACACUCAGCAGCCACCAAGACCACGCCAAGCCACUUCGCCCUGCCCUUCGAACGACCAGCCGAUCACUUCCCCACCUACGCCUUGGAUCCAGCCCUGCUCUCGGCUUCCAUCCCGCCCCAUCAUCCAUCCAACAACAACAACAACAACAACAGCAGCAGCAGUUCUGCUUCGACCACCCCCCAGAUCAACCCCCUGAGCACCAAACACCCCGAGCUCAAAAUCACCCUCCCUCGACGAUCCCCCUCAUCGUUCAAGAAGGAGGACGACCAACGCUCCCCGAUCCUCAGAGCCACACAUUCCCGCUCGUCCUCUGCGAUCACCUUCGGCCAACAACCCACACCCGCCUCCCCCGCCCCCAGCGCCCACAAACGCACGCUCUCCCACUCCCAUCCGCUCGUCAAUGUGCCCGAGUGGGAGGACAAGCCGAGUGCGGAGGAGUACAAGAUGCUGAGCAGCAAGGAGAAACGCCAGCUGCGCAACAAGAUCAGUGCUCGCAACUUCCGCCACCGUCGGAAACAGCACAUCUCCGCCCUCGAGCAGCAGGUCGCCCAGCGCGACCAGACCAUCGAGGCCCUCUACAACGACCUCGGCGCAGCCCAGAACGAGAACAAGGAACUCAAGUCCCAGGUCGAACAGCUCAAACAGAAGUGGUCCGAUCUGAUGAAGAAGAUCGAGGAGAUGUCCCUCGGCUCCAUCUCCCCCACCACCCUGCCCAACAACAACAACAACAACAACUCGACUGGAUCGAACGCCUCCGCUGGCCAAUCGACCAGCGCCUUGCCCGCCUCGCCCCGCUUGAGAUCCGCUAAGACGAAUGCGAUGAUCCCGCUGCCCAACUUACACAAGGACCUUGGCAGCCACACCCGCAAGCCGUUCAACGGCGUCGGCGGGAUGACCGGCGGCGGCAACGUCGGCGUCCACACCACGCUCAUCCCCGACGUCUCCGUCGACGUGUACAAGGGCCUACUUGGCUCUGGACGCACCUUGUUCAACAACCACGACGACGACGAGCAGGAGGAGCCAGGGAAGUCGCCCCAAGCGCUGCUCGAGCAGAAGCUCGAGCACGCCACCCCAGCCAAGCGCGCCGUGCUUGGUCCCGGCUGGAAGCUGUUCCCGAGCGUCCCGGCUGAGCUAGCCUUGGAAGAGAAGGCGGGUGGUGGCCGGCGGGGACCGGUGGACGAGGGCAGGGAGAGCGGCUCUGAAGACGGGCUGCUGGCCGGGCGGCUCUGGUGGAUGGUCUGCGCCGCCUUGGCGCCCGACCCUCCCAGCCUCGAUAGCCCCCUCCAUCGCCAGCCCUCCGAUAUGCUCAUCGAUCCCCGGAAACUCGCCGCCUGUCUCGACGGCCGACUCGUCCUCAAACUCGUCGAACCUGCGCCGCCUCCGUACCCCUCUUCCCCUUCUCCCCCGGCCAUCGACUCCCAAGCCGAUCCCCUCGUCGACCUCGUCGUCCCCAGACUCGCUGGCUGUCGCAUCUGA